GUAUGAGCAGUCCUUCAGCUCCAUCUACUGGACACCUGUAGAUAUUUCCUGGUGUUAGUUAUUUGUUUAAUAAAGUUAGCUAUUGACCCCUGAUGUCAUAACUCCAGGUCACAGGAAGUAGGUGUUUCCAGCCUGUGCAGUUUAUCUCACGUGCUUUCAGCUUUCUCCAUGCUAAACAGGCCCUAUGCAGCAUUGUUGUUUUACCCUUUCAUCUUCAAAUACUCAUUAAACAAGUUAACAACUUACACAGUGUGGUGUUUUGAAGAAGGGUUAUCUGCCUGUCAAUCUUACUUCAGACAGUGAGCAGGACAGAACAGUAGACAACACCACGCAUAGCUGAUGCAAUACAGCACAGUAAAACAACAUCUUGUAUCAAGAGGCCCACACGCAGAGUGGAUUAGCAAGUACCACAAAGAUACAGUACAGCUUCAGUUAACAUAGUACCACGUGCUAACUCUUAUCAAGAUUAGACAGCAAGAUGUCUGAACGAUCAAUCAAAACCAGAUCUAGGGUGUCACAUUCAUCCAGACUCUCAAACCGCUCCCAGGUGUCUGACGCUGCGCUUCUCCGCGCAGAAGCUGCCGCUGCACUAGCCCAACUCACAUUUACUGGGAAGGAAACAGAGCUAAAAUUAGAGAAGACACGCUUAGAAGCCUCAAUAGAGAUUCUUAACUUACAUAAGACCGUGGCAAUCGCAAAUGCCAAAGCAGAUGCAUUAGAUGCAGCUCUUGACACUACAGAACAAGCAAGUCAGAAAUUCACUAUGCAGCCUGAUGUAAAACCAGAAACUGCUAUGCAACGUACCAAAGAAUAUGUGCUGAAACAUUCACAGGAGUACAGUCCAUCAAUGCCAAGCCUAGAAAAGCUUAGUGAGUACAGAGACAGUGAUGUUACCCCAUCAUCUGAGCAAAAUCAUAGUAUACCUCUCCAGAACAUUCCCUUAAAAUGUGACUACAUCUCACCACCAGAUGGUGCUCUGUUACAAGAACAAAAGGAUUUCAAACAAUUGUAUCCUGCUAAUGUGAAAACUCCUGCAGCCAGAGAUUAUAAUGACAUUCAGUGGACUUUACCUGUUACUAAUAAAUACAGCUAUCCUCCUGUUACACGACCAAGGGUUCCUGAUAGAGACAGUCAUUCUCCAGAGGGAUCAUACCAGCACACACCAGAUGUGAAGCCAGCGCUCCCUAUUAAGCCUGAUUCAAACCAACUCACUGGCGAUCAACAGAUGUCAGACUUAGUGAGAUUUAUGGCACGCAGAGAAAUGAUAACAUCAGGUCUUGUUCAGUUUGACGAGAAACCAGAAAACUACAGGGCUUGGAAGGUGUCAUUUAAAAAUGCUAUAGAAGACCUUCACCUUUCAUACAAAGAAGAAACAGAUCUCCUAGUGAAGUGGCUAGGUCCAGAGUCCAGCAGACAAGUGAAAGGCAUUCGGGCAGUAUAUGUCAAUGAUUCUUGUAAAGGACUACAGAUGUCAUGGCAAAGGUUGAACGAAGAGUAUGGAGCUCCAGAGAAGAUAGAAAAAUCCCUGUGGGACAGGAUUGACAACUUUGGGAAUAUCUUUGAAAGAGAUUGCAGAAAGAAACUUAGAGAAUUCAGUGAUCUGGUAAUAGAACUGUUGGCAGCAAAAAAUAAAGGAUGCUUUCUAGGACUAGAAAAUCUUGAUUCCGCUAGAGGAAUAGAAGACCUUGUGAAAAAGCUGCCAGAUUCUCUAAAAAGGAAAUGGGCAUCACAUGGGACAAAGUACAAGGAAAUACAUAAUGUACUAUUCCCGCCAUUCUCUUAUUUCGUGCAAUUUAUCUCUCAACAAGCAAAGAUGUACAAUGACCCAGGUUUUGCUCAGACGUUCCAGACCUUUGGUGACAACAAGCCAGAGAAAUACCGCUACAAGAACACCCCUCAGAGAAGCUCCAUCAGGGUGCACAAGACUGAAGUAUCUCAAGCUACAGGAAACUCUUCUGCUUUCACUGAUGCUAAGACCAUGGACUUAACAAAAGGAUGUCCGAUUCACCACAAACCUCAUCCUCUGUACAAAUGCCGAGGCUUCAGAAGUAAGUCCCUUGAUGAGAGAAAGACUCUCUUAAAACAAAACAACAUUUGUUACCGUUGCUGUGCCUCAAAUGCACACCUUGCGAAAGACUGUGACAAACCAGUUAGCUGCACAGAGUGCAACAGUGACAGACACGUGUCUGCUCUUCAUCCUGGUCCUGCACCAUGGUCAGUCAGGCCGCCAGAAGGGAGUGAUCAUGGCGGGGAGGGAAAGGACAACGGUGCAGAGGCUACAGUAACUACAACAUGUACCGAAGUGUGUGGAGGAGACCUUCGAGACAGAUCAUGCUCUAGAAUCUGUUUAGUAAGUGUCUAUCCUACAGGACAAAAGAACAGAGCAAUCAAACUUUAUGCUAUUCUAGAUGACCAAAGUAAUAGGUCCCUGGUCAGGUCAGAGUUCUUUGAAAUCUUCGGGUCAAAAGGCCAGCAGUUUCCAUAUUCUCUCAGAACCUGUGCAGGGGUGAUUAACACUUCAGGAAGAAGAGCGCAAGGGUUUGAACUACAGUCUCUUGAUGGCAAAACCACAAUCUCAUUACCCACACUCAUUGAAUGUAAUGAGAUACCGAACGACCGGACGGAGAUCCCAACCCCUGAGGUGGCUCUUCAUCACAAUCAUCUAAAGUCACUUGCUAGUGAGAUACCCAAACUUGAUCCAUCAGCAUCUAUCCUUAUGCUGUUAGGAAGAGACAUAAUUAGGGUCCAUAAAGUGAGGCAACAGAUCAACGGACCACAUAACGCUCCUUAUGCACACAGAUUAGACACAGGAUGGGUCAUAGUGGGCAAUGUAUGCCUGAAAGGAGUCCAUAGACCAGACUUAGUACACUGUCUUUACACCAGAACCUCAGAAGAGAGCUGCAGAUCCCUCUUUCCACCUUGUCCAUACCUCUACAAUGUAAGGGAAAACUAUGACAUGAAUGUAUGUGUAACCAUGCAAUCCUCAGUGUCUACGUACAAAUCCUCUUGCAAAGAGUUUGAGGAUCAUGUAAGCCACAGUAUCUUUCAGAGAACAACAGAAGAUGAGACGGUUGCUCCUUCUCUGGAAGAUCUAGCCUUUAUGAAAACAAUGAACGAGGGUUUCUACAGAGCAGAAGACAGUAGUUGGGUAGCUCCUUUACCCUUCAAACCACAAAGAAAGCAGCUACCAAAUAACAAAGAACAAGUCUUGCAACGUUUCAGGUCCUUACAGAGGUCUUUUAAAGUAAAACCUGACAUGAGACAGCAUUUCUUUGAAUUUAUGGGAAAGGUAAUCCAAAAUGGCCACGCAGAGAUAGCGCCACCUCUCAAUCCAAGAGAAGAGUGUUGGUAUCUGUCUCUCUUUGGAGUCUACCACCCCAAGAAACCCCAACAGAUUAGAGUUGUCUUUGAUUCAAGUGCACAGUGUUGUGGGGUAUCCCUGAAUGACAUUCUGUUGAAAGGCCCAGACCUAAAUAAUAACCUCCUUGGUGUGUUGUUACGCUUUCGCAAGGACACCAUUGCAUUCAUGGCUGAUAUCCAACAGAUGUUCUACUGUUUUCUAGUUAGACCUGAAGACAGAAAUUACUUAAGGUUCUUCUGGCACAAAGACAACGACCCUGCACAAGACAUCAUAGAAUGGAGAAUGAAAGUACAUAUCUUUGGUAACAGACCUUCUCCAGCAGUGGCCAUAUAUGGUCUUAAACAAGCAGCUUGUCAGGAAGAAAAGGAGUUUGGUGCAGACGCUAAAAGAUUUGUAAAAAAAGACUUUUACGUGGAUGAUGGUCUGAAGUCAGUACCCACUGCAGCUGAAGCCAUUGACCUCUUGAACAGAACCAGGAAAAUGCUAGCAUGUUCAAAUCUCCGCUUACAUAAGAUAGCAUCAAAUAGCAGUGAUGUAAUGGCUGCUUUUUCUUCUGAAGAUCACGCAACAGACUUAAAAGAUCUCAAUUUCAAUGAUGAUGAUUUACCCAUGCAAAGAAGCUUAGGCAUCUGCUGGGAUCUUAAAAGCGAUUCCCUGACCUUCCAGGUGUCAUCAGAGAAAAGACCCUUCACACGAAGAGGAGUCCUCUCUACAAUAAACAGUUUGUAUGACCCUUUGGGGAUAGCUGCACCAGUAACCAUUCAAGGGAAAGCUCUUCUUCGUGAUCUCACCUCGGAGACUCAAGAUUGGGAUGCACCCCUACCUGAAGGUAAGAGACUGUCAUGGGAAGAUUGGAAAGAGUCCCUCCACCAGUUGAAGCACAUACAGGUAACUAGGCCCUAUGUAUCCGUUUCUUGUUCAAAUGCCAAAUACAAAGAACUUUGUGUGUUUUCAGAUGCCUCCAUGCAAGCAAUUGCAGCAGUGGCCUACUUAAAGGCGAUAGAUUCUGAAAGUCAGGUCCACAUAGGUUUUGUGCUAGCAAAAGCUAAAUUAGCUCCAUGUCCGGAACUUACAGUCCCACGACUUGAACUCUGUGCAGCAGUCCUCGCAGUAGAUAUAGCUGAAUUCAUAACAAAAGAAAUCGACACAAAUAUAGACUCUGUCAGCUACUUCACAGACAGCAGAAUAGUUUUAGGCUACAUUUGCAAUGAGAAAAGAAGAUUUUAUGUCUUUGUUAGCAACAGAGUUCAGCGAAUAAGAAGAUCCUCUCUCCCUGAACAAUGGCACUAUGUGUCAACAGAGAGCAAUCCAGCUGAUCUGGCCACAAGAUCUGUACCAGCAGCACACCUGAAAGAUACUAUGUGGUUCACAGGUCCACCCUUCUUGAGUCAUUCUCACCACUUGAAACCAGAGACUGAAACCUUUACAUUAGUGGAUCCGGCUCAAGAUACGGAGAUCUCGUCCUUCUGAAAGAUCGACAAACCAAGAGGAAUGAAUGGCCUAUGGGUGGUGUAACAAAGACUUUCCCUGAUAAAGAUGGCAAAGUUCGCAAAGUGGAAAUAAAGAUUGCCAGAGAUGGAAGUUCUACAUUAUUCUUCAGACCAGUGACAGAGCUCAUCCUUCUUCUUCAGUCUGAAGACCCUACCCCCUGAUUGGACUAGAAUGAUUGUGGUGAUCUUACAGACACCAGGCGGGGAGUGUGCUGUCAGGACAGAUAUGUCUUUUCAUUUGAUUAUAGGUAUGAGCAGUCCUUCAGCUCCAUCUACUGGACACCUGUAGAUAUUUCCUGGUGUUAGUUAUUUGUUUAAUAAAGUUAGCUAUUGACCCCUGAUGUCAUAACUCCAGGUCACAGGAAGUAGGUGUUUCCAGCCUGUGCAGUUUAUCUCACGUGCUUUCAGCUUUCUCCAUGCUAAACAGGCCCUAUGCAGCAUUGUUGGUGAGUGUAUACAGUUUUACUUGCUUAAUAUACUCAGCUUCUGCAUCUGAGAGAGAGAGGUUUGUUUCUGUUUGAUAGCAGAUUUAUUACAUCUGUGUAAUGUAUAUGUAUGCAUAUUGUUUCACCAGCAGAGACACUUAUACCAUUUCAUUUGUAUGUAUUUCAGUUUUACCCUUUCAUCUUCAAAUACUCAUUAAACAAGUUAACAACUUA